CCAGCCCAAGUACAGCCGCAAAAUUCCAAGCCAAGACCGGGGGGUUUCCUAGCGCGACGCCAUCCUCCGCCUCCGCGUGCUAAAAUUUAACCCCGACCCUGAGCCUGAGCCGCCGCUCUCCCCUCUCCUCUCCACGGCCUCCGCCUCCACCCUACGCCCCCAAUCCGAGGCCACAACUUUUAAGGCGGGCAGUGCAGAAAGCGGAACGCCCAGCCAUCCGAGUCCAGCGGGGGCAGAGGAGAGGAGAGGAGAGGGGAGGAGAGCAGAGCGCGCGGGGGAGGCGGCGAUGGCGGUGGGCGCGAAGCUGCACCUCUCGUCGGCCGCCCGGCGCCCGACGCUGCCCCAGCUCCUGGCCGUCGCGCUGCUCUGCUCGGCGUCCUACCUCGCCGGCGUCUGGCACCACGGCGGUGGCUUCACCGCCGCCCCCUCGGCCGCCGCCGCAGGCGGCUCCCCCUCCCCCGUCUCCAUCGCCACCACCUCCUCCGUCGCCUGCGUCUCCCCGACCCCGGCCGCACCACUCGACUUCGCGGCGCACCACGCGGCGGACGAGGCGGAGGCGAAGGUCGCGCCGGCGCGGCGCGCGUACGGGGCGUGCCCGGCCAAGUACUCCGAGUACACGCCGUGCGAGGACGUGGAGCGGUCGCUGCGGUUCCCGCGGGACCGGCUCGUGUACCGGGAGCGGCACUGCCCGGCGGAGGGCGAGCGGCUGCGGUGCCUCGUCCCGGCGCCCAAGGGGUACCGCAACCCGUUCCCGUGGCCGGCCAGCCGCGACGUCGCGUGGUUCGCCAACGUGCCGCACAAGGAGCUCACCGUGGAGAAGGCGGUGCAGAACUGGAUCCACGUCGAGGGCGACAAGUUCCGCUUCCCGGGCGGCGGCACCAUGUUCCCCCACGGCGCCGGCGCCUACAUCGACGACAUCGGCAACCUCAUCCCCCUCCACGACGGAUCCAUCCGCACCGCCCUCGACACCGGCUGCGGGGUGGCGAGCUGGGGAGCGUAUCUGUUGUCACGCAACAUCCUGGCCAUGUCGUUCGCUCCGCGGGACUCGCACGAGGCGCAGGUGCAGUUCGCGCUGGAACGUGGGGUGCCGGCGAUGAUCGGGGUCCUCGCCUCCAACAGGCUCACCUAUCCUGCGCGCGCCUUCGACAUGGCGCACUGCUCCCGCUGCCUAAUCCCCUGGCAGCUCUACGAUGGCCUGUACUUGAUUGAGGUGGAUCGCAUUCUUCGUCCUGGGGGCUACUGGAUCUUGUCCGGACCACCGAUCAACUGGAAGAAGCACUCCAAGGGGUGGCAGAGGACCAGGGAGGACCUGAACGCAGAGCAGCAAGCCAUUGAGUCAGUCGCCAAGAGCCUCUGCUGGAAGAAGAUCAAGGAGGUUGGCGACAUUGCCAUCUGGCAAAAGCCUACCAAUCACAUCCACUGCAAGGCUCUCCGCAAAGUCGCCAAGUCCCCGCCAUUCUGCUCGAAUAAAAACCCAGAUGCUGCCUGGUACGAGAAGAUGGAGGCUUGUAUAACUCCGCUACCGGAGGUGAGUGACAUCAAGGAGGUCGCCGGCGGUGAGCUGAAGAAGUGGCCACAGAGGCUCACCGCCGUGCCACCCAGGAUUGCUAGUGGCAGUUUUGAGGGGGUCACCGCCGAAAUGUUCAACGAGGAUACCAAGUUAUGGAAGAAGAGAGUGGGGCACUACAAGUCCGUGGUAAGUCAGUUUGGGCAGAAGGGCCGGUACCGCAACUUGCUUGAUAUGAAUGCCCGCUUUGGCGGCUUCGCUGCGGCAUUGGCGGGUGACCCUAUGUGGGUGAUGAACAUGGUCCCAACCAUUGGAAAUUCAACGACUCUUGGGGUGAUAUACGAGCGUGGCCUCAUUGGAAACUACCAAGACUGGUGCGAGGGCAUGUCCACCUAUCCCCGGACCUACGACCUCAUUCAUGCUGAUUCAGUUUUCAGUCUGUACAAGGACAGGUGUGAGAUGGACACCAUCCUGCUGGAGAUGGACAGGAUCCUGAGGCCGGAGGGCACGGUGAUCAUCAGGGACGAUGUGGACCUGCUAGUGAAGAUAAAGAGCGUCGCGGACGGGAUGAGAUGGAAUAGCCAGAUCGUGGACCACGAAGACGGUCCGCUCGUCCGGGAGAAGCUCCUCCUUGUUGUGAAGACAUACUGGACACUUGGGGACGAGAAACAAUAGCGACGCCCCGAAAUAAAGCAUGAGAAACUGAGAAAAUUGACAGAUACUGGGCAGAUGUCACAACCGGCCUUCCUCUCACUGUGUUCGCCCUGUGGUUUUGAAGUUUUAUCUUGCUGGGUCAUUCUUUUUGGUGAAAAUAGUUAAACAUAGUGGAGACAUGCCCAAGUAUAUGACAGAUUUUGACAUGGGAAGGACAGCCAGCCAGCCAAAUGGGGCAGACAGAGAUUUCAUUAUGUUUCUUGCUGUACAAAGGGUUGGUCAUGUAUAAGUUCCCCUCGGCUCUUCUGUCCUCCUUACUGAAUCAGUCCCAAGAAUAUUAAGACUACUUCGGUGA